AUGCCUCGCAUCAAGAAAAAAAGCCGCCAGCGACACAGGAGCACUGUGCCUCAACCUCACUUCAAACCCGUUCGCAAACAGCGUCGUGCGAUGACCGCAGCAAAAUCUGCAGAAAAACGUCCUUCUACCAUCAGUGGGGCACUUCCUCAACCCAUCCGUGAUUUCCGCAUCCCUGUCAGCAAGGCCGAACUCUCUAUGGGCCAAUGGGAUGCACGUGCACCUCAGAGGAUUCAUUACGGCGUUCCGGAACUGAUAAGCUACGGUGCAGGGGAUACCGCUCAGCUCGAGUUUUUGCGGGUUCCUGCUAUGAAGGACCGGCGGAUUAUCGGCUAUGUGCCCCUUCCCACCAGAUAUCGGUCGUCCUGGGUGUAUCUUUGCUACUGUGUAGAGUACUGGUUGGCGGUGUGGAAAUGUUGGGAUGGUGAGUCAAAGAAGAAUAAACAAAAGCAGAAGAAUACAAAGACGCAACAAGAGAGGGCGGAUCUGAUUGACACGUCUCGCAAGAAUGCUGGUGCACGUUUCCUUCAAGCUAUGGUGGCCAGAAGAAUUGUGUUGGAGGAGUGCAUCGCGAACGGCGUGAAUGAUGAGCGGAUUAAAUCACUCGACGAGUUCCUCAUUCGCGAUCACCGAGAUUGGCUAUUCGUGGAGUUCGAUGAGUUGCCUGACGAUGCGGACAUGUAUUUAGCGGCCGAUCCGUUGCACCAAGGGAACAAGAAGAUGUUCGAAACGGGCUGGGGCGUAAAUGUGAAUGACAUCCCGAUGAUGCUUGGCGGAACGGACAAUGCAUGGAUGUCCAAGGGACUUGACCUCACAGAGAUGUUCAAGAAAGAUAUGGAUGCAGCCAUCAAGCACCUCAAAAAAGGGGGGGAGGAGAUAGACAUCGCAUACAAUGAAAAUGCGGAACUGCCAGACAAGUGGCACGAAUCCCAUGAGCCACCAAUUCGAUUCAUCAGCGAACGAAAGGACCAGUUUUUACGCGAUGGAUUUACCCUGGAUGAACCUCUGGUCUUUUUGUACCAUUGCUUGCGGGCCGAGGAGGAGAUCGAACGCCGAGACUUCCUGAGGGAAAUCAUGGACAUGCUGCCCAACGACGGGACACGACAACAGUGGUCAUUUCGCGUCGACCGGCUGAUCGACGGCGAGAUGGCAUGGGACGAGUUCAGUAAUUUAGUGGCUGACGCGUUGGAUUUGGAGCUGGAUCGGCGGACUAACAACAUGGGUUCAGACAGCGUGGAGCCUGACCUCCCGUUUCUCAAAUUGGAUGCGAGGAUCGCGGUGCGAGCUUACCUGCGCAAUUCGAAAAGCAACCCCGACACCGCUGCCGAUAUAUUUUUUCGCAGCAUCAGUCGAUUUUCUGAUCCAGAUACAAAGGAUCGCAAGGUGUGGAAAUGGGUUAUGCAAGGGGUCCAACCCAACACGGUGACUGCAAUGCUGCAGCAAGCACAUGAUCAAUCAUUGAAUGCGCGCCGAGAUGAUGGGCAGCAUGUUGCCAGACCGGAAAUGGAAACCCAAGGUCACAAGGGGGCUCCCAUCGGAAGUGACAGAUCACCUAAGGUCACGGUUACACUGCCUAUGACUGACCACACAGCUGAUGUACACAAACCAUCACCUGGUCCCCCCUCCGUGGUGCGACCAACACGGCCUCCUAAGGCUGUCCCAUCCAAAAUGGAUGUGGAUCUGACUGAGACAUCAUCCGUUCAAAAUAGCGAGCAACAGACUGCUGGCCAUCCACCAAUGGUCCCAGAGAUCCGAAUCUCUAGCUUGCGGAGGGAGGCAUGGCUUCGCAGUGGACAUACCCUUGAUAAACCCCUUGUAUUUUUGCACCAUUGCCUGGCGGAGGAGGACCACAUCAAAGAAACAGACUUUGUGCAAGAAAUCAUGGGUUUUCUCCCUAUGGACCAGGAGCGAGAUCAAUGGUCGGAGAGAGUGGAUCAUCUGUAUGAGGGCCUGACCACAUGGCGCCAGUUCAGUCAGUUACUCGCUGGUAGCCUAGACCUGCAAGACGGACGGCGGGACGACGGAUUCACAGAGGAGGAACAGUUCAGGUGGUCGUUUCGAACCUUAGAUGCAAAGAUCGCCAUACGGUCUUACCUUCAGCACUUGAAGGAGAAACCCCAGGAUGCUGACCAAUUGUUCUGUGCAUGCGUGGAUCGAUUUUCCACCAUACCGAGCAGUGAUCCCAUAUGGGGUUCCGUGCAGAGGUUGAGCCAGACGCUCAGCGUCAACGAAGUCUUGAAGUCUGCAGAGAAUUUCUGGUACACCCAUGUUCAUUCGAGCGCUGGUAAGAACCAGGAGGAUCAGUUAUCAAAACCAUCGAACACCCCUCCCGAUUAUACUCCUGACACCAUCGUUGAAUAUCAGGAUGAGAUGGACAUACAUCCCAACGUACCAUCAGAUCAAAUUUCGCAAUUCACUGCAACACCUGAGGAAGAUGGCGAAACGGCCAGCGAGGACGACUUCAUAUCAGAAUCACUUUUCUCCUUGGCGGACGUGCAACGGGCCAUCAGAUCUUACAGCCACGACGGUAUUUCGUUCAAUGAGCUCCGCAACAUACUGUUGACCGACAUCCCUCCUAUUCAUGUAAAAACUGUGCACGAAGCCCUGCCGACACUUGAUCCUUGUCGCGUAGACAAAAAGAUACUCAAUUCCUUGUUCAAGAAGUUGGAGGAGGAAGACUCAUUGGCAACAAGAGUUGUUGGUUGA